AUGAUUUCGUUUUUAGCAUUUUUCGCCACAUGCAGAACAGAUCCAGCAGAAUAUAUCCGCUUUGAUGUUGUUCCUGGCAUUGGUGAAAAAGAUGUUUCAAGAGAUGACGAUCCAAUGCCAACUUCGAAAUACGCAUAUGUAACUUACUACUCAGGAGAUGAUCACUGGAGUCAUUACUUGCUCAGCGUAAUUGUCCUUGGUCAAACGCUCGCAUCUCUCAGUCCUAAAUACGAUAGAGUUCUUUUAAUUCCAUCAAAAAUGGAAUUUGAAGAAUCUGUUCUUAAAACAAUAAAAGAAUCAUGGACUCAUAUUAUACAUAGGCCUUUUAUUAAAUGGCCAUGCGAAACUAAAUUAGAAGAUCCAAGAGAUAAUCAUAUUUGGUUUAAAUUACAAAUUUUCAGCCUUUAUCAAUAUUCGAAAGUCUUAUAUAUCCCACCAAAUGCAUUAGUUGCUAAAGAUCCAUCAAUUGCUUUUUCAUUUGUUACACCUUCUGCUCCAUUGGAUUAUCAAACUUGGGGAUAUUCCCAUCUUGGUGCGGUUAGGAAUCUUGACUUCCUAGUAGUCACCCCCAGCCAAACUACACUCGACAACGUUACUACGAAAGGCUGCAACUGGAUUCAUCAACCAGUUGGAUAUUCUCGGGAAAUUAAUCAGGCAUUCAGAGGUGACCGCAAUAAGAAUAUUGGUCCAUAUGAUAACGGUCUCAUUGAAGAAUUUUAUUUCGGAAAAUUCACAACAAUUCCAAGUUUUUAUCAAUUCGAGUUAGUUAAAUCGAAAACUCCACUAAAAAAGACAGACCCGCGUAUAGUUACAUACAGAUUCCCACAAGGAACUAAGCCAUGGGACCAGGGACCAAACCAACAAUCCGAAAUUAUUUCAGACGCAUGGAUUAAAGUUGCCGUUCAAACACACGAAAACCUCAACCUUACUAUUGAUCUUGCGCGCUAUCAACUUUCAAAACCAACGCUUGAAGGCUCUGAUUUCAUUGCGAAAAAACUUUCAAAGCCACUCCCAGUUCCGAAGUACGUAGUUUACGAUUUUUACGAUGAAUUUGAAGAAACAAACGUAAUAAGAGAAAUUUUGAGAUACUCAUCACUUGUUAUUGGCGCUGUCAGCCUUGUUGCCUUUGCAAUUGCUGAUGCACCAAUGUCUACGAGAGAUCAACAGGAAGGCGGACUUAUGUCUGAAUCUGAAGAUAAUUAA